CGAGUCCUUCCAAAAGAGUCGUGAACGGGACCCGAGCGGGAAGCGGCAACGCGGGACGUCCGCCGCCGUCCUCGAGGCAUCGCUUGGGAAGUUUCUCGGCCCCGGUUUAGCUUUCCACGGCGAGCCGCCCGCAAACACAAAAGAGAGGCGACGCGGAGACCGAGUGGGAACCGUUCCUGGUUGUGAUUGCCGAUGGCUGCCAAGAGAGAGAAAGGGGAAGAGUGCGAGGAGGACAUCGGCGGGUCGAAAAGGGAGAAGGAGUCGCGAGCUCGUCGGCAGCCUGCUCUCGUGUUCCCCGGAGAAGACGACAGCGACGAUCUUGACCCCGUGCGGACAGAGCUGGAGUCUCCCCACAUCAAAGAGGAGCGGGAAGAAGGGGAAGCGCUCCUCCACGUGAAGGUGGAGGACGAGGGGCCACAUCCGUCUUCCCUCCAAGAAGAAGAAGAAGAAGGCGAGGUGGAUGCGGUCGCCGAGCGGGCGAUGAGUUUUGUCCGUUUCAAGAGCGAAGAGGAGGGAGACCCGUCCGGAAGCGAGGAAAGCGGAGGGGCGCGGCCCCGCGGCAGCGGCUCGACGGAAGGUGACCGGGGAGGAGCGCCGGCAGACGGCCUCUUGGCUCCACUGUCCGACGACGACCUCACUUCGCCCUCUCCUGACACGGAGAAUGAGGAACGCCCACAAAGCGAAGCCCACGACCGAAGCACCGAAUGUUCUCGCUGUGGCAAAACCUUGAGUUCAAAGUGGAAUUUGAAGUUACACAUGAGGACGCACACCGGGGCGAAACCUUUCGCCUGCUCCGUUUGCGGACAAAGAUUCACUCAGAAGGGCCAGGUAAGGACGCACGCCCAAAUCCACACCGGCGAGAUGCCUUUUGCCUGCUCGGUUUGUGGCAAGAGCUUCCUUCGAAAGCAAAGUUUAGCGACGCACGCCCGAGCGCACAGCGGAGAGAAACCCUUUGCCUGUUCACUUUGUCCGAAAAGAUUCUUCAUCAAGGGACAUUUGACGCGGCACACGCGGAUACACACCGGAGAAAAACCUUUCGCCUGCUCGCUUUGCGGCCAAACCUUCUCUCAAACGGAAAGUCUAACGAUCCACACGAGGAAGCACACCGGGGAGAAAUCUUUGGCCUGCUCCGUUUGUGGCAAAAUAUUCUUUCUGAAGACAAGUUUAAGGGUGCACGAAAAGACGCACGCCGGAGAAAAGCCUUUCCCCUGCUCGGUCUGCGGGAAAAGAUUCUCGGGAAAGCACAUUUUGACGACCCACUCAAGGACACACACGGGAGAGAAACCGUUUGCCUGUUCGGUUUGCGGGAAGAGCUUCUCCUUGAAAGGACAGCUGGCGAGCCACACCAAAACGCACACCGGAGAGAAACCUUUCCCUUGCUCGGUCUGUGGCAAAAGAUUCUCCAGAAAGGGACGCUUAGCGAGUCACUCGAGACAGCACACCGGAGAGAAACCGUUCAGCUGCAGCGUGUGCGCCAAGAGGUUCUUUAACAAGAUCGAUGUGAAGAGACACAAAUGCAGCGGCGGUAAAUGAGACCUAGAACGCGACUCGGAAAGAUCUCAGCAUUUGCACGUAGCUGUCAAAGUCUGCAUGUGAUGGGAUCGAAAGUGUGACGGCGAACGUGCGGCGCGGCACGUCGCUCCUCUGCCGCUGGCUCGUAGAGCCCAGAAAGUCCACGUUGGCAUCGCACGUAGAGCAACACCCACACCGCGGGACAAUUUCGAGUGUUCCGUUAACCUGUCCAACGUGUUUCGGGAUGUGGGAGGAAGCCGGAGUACCCGGAGAAAACCCACCCGGGCGCGGGCAGAAGACGCAAACUCCACACAGGAUGGCCGAAGCCAGAAUCGAACCCUGCACCUUUGCACUGGGAGGUCGACGUGCCGCCGGGCCUCCCACUUGGAAAUGUGCGUUGCUUUCCAGAAAAAAAGAAAUCAAUAAAGAGCUUUUUCCAUCACUGUACAGGAUAUUCUUUGUGUGAUUUUUCGGAAGCCAUCUUUGAUUUCUGUUCUUUGUUUUUAAUGGCUUUAGUGUGUUGAUUGUAAAUGUUUUCAUGACUUUAUUUUAUUUUUUUCUGGAAUGCGCUGCAGAAAUAAAGCAGCCUUCCUUGCCUUGU